GGUUUAUCAGAUUACUGUGUCUCUAACAAAUUGACAUGCCUAGGACAAGAAGAGAUCGUUCUGUUUCUUUUGAGGGAUGUAGAAAGUCUCCAGCUCCUUGCAGCCCAAGUUUGACAUGCGAUAUCAAGGCUAAAAGUCCUCUAGCAUCAGAGGAGGACCUAAUAGAAUGGGAGGACGCCAGGUGUGUUGUCUGUAUGGAACAUCCUCACAAUGCUGUGCUUCUUGUUUGUUCCGCAUAUGACAAGGGUUGUCGUCCAUACAUGUGUGAUACAAGUUAUCAGCUCUCCAAUUGUUUUGAUCUAUUUCGCAAGUCAUGUGCAGAAGGAACAACUGCGAUACUAUCAGAAGGUGCCGAGCAACAGGUACAGGCCUCUGAAUUCGUGACUGUUGAAACUGUGGUGACCUCACAGGAAGAAGGUGAAUAUCAAGGUCCUUCUGCUACAGAUAUUGAUAGCAUGCACAAACUCCCGGAAAAACUUGUUUGCCCUCUAUGUCGUGGAAAAAUCAGUGGGUGGGUUGUUUUAUACCCAGCUCAUAAUUUUAUAAAUGCCAAGACUCGGACCUGUGCUUUAGAGACAUGUGAGUUCAGCGGCAAUUACUCUGAUCUGAGAAAGCAUGCGAGGCUAGAGCAUCCACAUGUAAAGCCUUCUGAGGCUGACCCUGAGAGGCAGCAAAGUUGGAGACAACUUGAGAGGCAAAGGGAUAUAGGUGAUGUGCUCAGUACUAUCCAAUCGAGCUUAGUGGAAGAGCUAGAACUCCCCUUGGCUGAACGUUCGAUCACAAUACUCUAUCUCUCUUGGCUUCAAGAUUUGAACUUUGAUUAUGAUCGUGCUUCUGCUUCUGUAGAGGAUGAGGAUUCCACUGAUGUUGGCUUAGCUUUUAGGCACUAUACGAGGAGAAGGCGUCUAUCUACAUCUGCUGAUUCCUCAGAGGGUGCCUUAGCUUUAAGGCGCUAUGUGAGAAGACGUCUAUCAACCCCUGAUGAUUAUGCGAGAAGUCAUCUAUCUAUCCCUAAUGAUUCCUCUAAUAGUGGCUUAGCUUUGAGGCGCUAUGUGAGAAGACGUCUAUCUACCCGUGAUGAUAAUGUGAGAAGUCAUCUAUCUAUUCCUAACGAUUCCUCUAAUAGUGGCUUAGCUUUGAGGUGCUAUGUGAGAAGACGUAUAUCUACCCUUGAUGAUAAUGUGAGAAGUCAUCUAUCUAUCCCUAACGAUUCCUCUAAUAGUGGCUUGGCUUUGAGGCGCUAUGUGAGAAGGCGUCUAUCUACGCCUAAUGAUUCAUCAAAUGGUGGCUUUGCUUUGAGGUGUUAUGUGAGAAGACAUCUAGCUACUCCUGAUGAAUCCUCUACGGAUGGUUUAGGUUUGAGGCGCUAUGUGAUAAGACGCCGCUAUGUGAGAAGACUUAUAUCUACUCCUGAUGAAUCCUCUAAUGGUGGCUUACCUUUGAGGCCUUAUUUGAGGAGAAGACUUGUAACCACCCUUGAUGAUUCUUCUAAUGGUGGCUUAACUCUGAGGUACUAUGCGAGGAGAAGACGUCUAUCUACCCCUGAGGAUGAUGUUUGAUUGCCUCAUUGAGAUUUUCCUUGUCGAAUUCGCUCUUCUGGGUAGUGUUGAACUGUAAGGCCAUGAACAUAUCUUUUGUCAUUGAAUAGCUUCAUCGCAUUUUAGCAUGUGUCUUGGAUCUAAAAAUGUCAUUUGAGAUGUACAUUAAUGUAUAUAAAUGGUUUGCAGUUGCUGACUUGAAA